CUGACACUCUUUCAUAUCCCAUCCUAAAAUAAUACGGAGUAUUAAUUGGAGCCUAAAAAAUAUGUCAAACACAAAAGUUUUUCUUAUUGUCAUCCUCUUCGCUGCAAUUCUUAUCAGUUCCUAUGGGGUCUCAGCUCGUGAGCUUGCUGACCCUCAGUCGACUAGACAAACUCAGUCCGUGGAAGAGUCAAAGCAGUAUGGUUAUGGUAAUCCAGGAGGAGGUUAUGGUAAUCCAGGAGGAAGUUAUGGUAAUCCAGGAGGAGGUUAUGGUAACCCAAACCCACCCUCAAGACAAAAGAUGGCUAAGGUUGUUGAGGAAAAGCUUAACUAAAUGAUACGUUGUGCAUGAAAUCUUUGAAAGGGAGAGCAUAACAAAAUAAGUACUCAUAUAUAUUUGUGUGUACCAAUAUGACAUAAAUAGAUUGGGACUUUGGGAGUGAACAAAAGUUAUGGUUUGGUCGAUUAUUCUCAUGAGUUAAUUGAGUUGGUGCAGUGUUCGUCCCAAGUUAUUAUAUGAUCUUAAAAUAGACCUGUAAUAUGUAAUGUUUCUCAAUUAUUCAGUACUCGUACUCGUACUCUUUAAAGCUUUUUUUGUAUCAGUGUCGAAGGGAUUAGUCUAAAUUUCCAGGUUAUAUAUUAUAUGUACUUGCUAAGUUGGUGAAUAUAGCAUACUUCCUCUGUUUUAUUUAUUUAAGUUGACAACUUUGACGUUUGUA